UUCUUUCGUUGGUGCGCCGAAGAGAAGCGAGAGGGGACGAUGGGGAGACCGCGAGCGCGCUGAGCGCCGUGGGGCUGAUCUCGCGGGCACUCGCGUAUUACCCUAGCUGGCUGAAGAGGGCAAGCGCAGGGUUUCUUGGCGGCGGCCAUGGCGGACUCGAGAAAUGGCGGCGACGCCAAGAGCAAGGCCAAUGACAGCGGCUACGACAUCAACAUCGACGAUUUCGUGAAGCGGCUCAACAUCUUCUACAAAUGCUGGGCGGACGAAAAGAACGAGCUUUGGGGCGGGGCCGACGCGGUGGCGGUCUUCACGCCGCCCAGGGCCGAGGCGUCCGAGCUUCGCUACCUCAAAUCGUCGGCAUUGAACAUCUGGAUGCUGGGAUACGAGUUUCCAGACACCCUCAUGGUGUUCGUCCAGGGAGCUCUCCACUUCUUGUGCAGCCAGAAGAAAGUGAAGAUCCUGGAGGAGCUCCAGCGGCCGGCCAGGACGUCGUGCGGCGUGGACGUGGUUCUUCACGUGAAGCUCAGGAGUGAAGACGGUGGCCCCCAGAUGCUCGAGAUCCUCGACACGGUGAAGGCGCAGUCUCGGUCCCCGGUCCUGGGGGUUCUUGCGAAAGAGAAGACGGAGGGGAGUUUCAUGGAGAAGUGGGACGAGCUCCUCUCGUCCUCCCGGCUCGAGAAAGUGGACGUUGCUGCCGGCUUGUGCGAGAUGUUUGCCGUCAAGGACGAGAGCGAGAUCAACAACGUGAAGAAGGCGGCGUACCUGAGCGCGACGGCCAUGAAGACGUUCGUUGUGCCGAAGCUGGAGCAUGUCAUCGACGAGGAGAAGCGCAUGACUCACGCCGAGCUGAUGGAAGAGACGGAGAAUGUGAUGCUGGAUCCUCCAGGGAAGCUGAAGAUGAAGCUCAAGGCGGAGGGUGCCGACGUCUGCUACCCGCCAAUCUUCCAGAGCGGUGGAGUGUUUGAUCUCAAGGCGAGCGCGCAGAGCAACGAGGAUCCACUUUACUACGACGCAACUGCGGUGAUCAUCUGCGCUCUUGGGGGUCGCUACAACAUGUACUGCUCCAAUGUGGCCAGGACGUAUCUCAUUGACGCGGACACCAGCCAGGAGAAAGCGUACAAGGCACUUUUGAAAGCUCAAGAGGCGGCUAUAAACGCUCUGAGGCCUGGGAACUUGAUGUCGGCGGUGUACAAGGCUGCUGCUACCACUUUGGAGCGUGAGGCACCGGAGCUGUCGUCGUUCUUGACGAGAUCAGCUGGAGCAGGCAUUGGGAUCGAGUACAGGGAAUCCGGGCUGAGCUUGAAUCCCAGGAACGAGAAGGUGAUCAAGGCGGGCAUGGUUUUUAACGUAAACAUCGGCUUGCAAAAUCUGGAGAUCAAGUCUUCCAAUCCGAAGACGCGGACUUACGGGCUUCUUCUCGCUGAUACCAUCGUUGUUCGUGACAAGGGGCCCGAUGUGGUGACAUCACUGUCCUCGAAAGCCUUCCAGGACAUUGCGUACUCGUUCAAAGACGGUGAUGAGGAGCCCGAGGAAAGGCCGAGGUCGAAGCCGGCUUCGAAUGGUGCUGAGCCUGUUUACGUGAAGACGGCUCUCCGGUCGGACAACCAGGAAAUGACCAAGGAGGACCAGCGGCGGCAGAUGCAGGCAGAGCUCGCGCUCAAGAAGAACGAGGAGACCGCGAGAAGGCUGGCGGCGGGUGCCUUCGGCCAUGGAGAAGGCCACAACAUGGUUAAGUCGUCCGGGGAGAUGACUGCGUACCGAAACGUGGACGAGCUUCCAUUCAGCCGCGAGCUGAUGAUCCAGGUCGACCAGAAGAACGAAGCCGUGCUGCUUCCAAUCUACGGUAUCAUGGUUCCUUUCCACAUCGCGACUGUGAGGACCAUCAACAAUCACCAGGACCUCAACUCCUCCAUCAUCCGGAUCAUCUUCAACGUCCCUGGAGCCGGGUUCACUACGAACGACGUCCCUUUCCAGAAGUUCCCGCACAUGAUAUAUCUCAAGGAGAUCUCUUUCCGGACGAGCGACAUCAAGCACUCGACGCAGAUCGUCCAGAUGAUGAAGACGCUGAAGCGGCAAGUCUCUCAGAGGGAGUCCGAGAAGGCGGAGCGGGCGACGCUCGUCACCCAGGAGAAGCUCCAGAUCUCCAAGGGGAAGGCCAUCCGGCUGUCGGAUCUGUGGAUACGGCCACCGUUUGCCGGUCGAAAGAGGAGGCGGGGGACGCUCGAGGCUCACGUCAACGGGCUCCGGUACUCCACCAUGAAGGCCGAGGAGACGGUGGACAUCCUCUACAGGAAUAUCAGGCACGCAUUCUUCCAGCCGGCCGAGAAGGAGAUGAUCACCUUGUUGCACUUCCACCUCCACAACCACAUCAUGGUCGGGAACAAGAAGGCCAAGGACGUACAGUUCUUCGUGGAGGUGAUGGACGGCGUACAAAACGUCGGUGGUAGUAGGCGGUCGCACUUCGAUCCGGACGAGAUUGAGGAGGAGCAGGCGGAGAGGGAGCGGAAGAACAAGCUCAACAAGGAGUUUGAGGUGUUCGUGAAGAAGGUGACGGACCUGUGGGAGCAGCCGGCGCUCAGGAACUACGGCCUCGAGUUUGAUAUCCCGUUCCGGGAGCUUGGCUUCCACGGGGUGCCGAACAAGACGUCGGCGUUCAUUGUGCCGACGGUCAAGUGCCUGGUGGAGCUGAUCGAGUUCCCGUUCCUGGUGGUGACGGUGGAGGACAUCGAGCUUGUCAACCUGGAGAGAGUUGGCUUCGCUCAAAAAGCCUUCGACAUGGCCAUCAUCUUCAAGGACUUCAAGAAGGACGUGCUGCGCAUCGACGCCAUCCCGUCCACGUCGCUGGACAACAUCAAGGAGUGGCUCAACUCCAUGGCAAUCAAGUACUACGAGAGUAGGAUGAAUCUCAACUGGCGGCCUAUUCUCAAGACCAUCCUGGACGACCCCAAGAAGUUCAUUGACGAUGGCGGGUGGGAGUUUCUCAACAUGGAGGCGUCCGACUCGGAGUCGGAGAAGUCGGAGGAGUCGGACAAGGGGUACGAGCCGAGCGACCUGGAGGAGCCGUCCGAGUCCGAGGACGAGGGCUCGGACGACGAGUCGGUGGUGGAGUCGGAGGACGAUGAGGAGGAGGAGGCGGACAGUGACGAGGAAGAAGGCAUGAGCUGGGACGAGCUAGAGGCGAAGGCGUCCAAGGAGGACAAGGAGAAGGGAGACGAGUCGGAUAGCGAGGACGAGAGGAGGAGGAGGAAGGCUAAGAUGACUGGUAAGACGAGAGCUUCUCCCAAAGCUCCUCCGGCCAAGAGGUUCAAGACUAGAUAGAUAAGAUAUAGAGUUGUGGAGUCGAAUUGUAAUUUCCUUGGUGAAAGAGUUAGCACAGGCAGCCUUUACGAACUUAAACGAAAGCUUCUUACUUGGA